UAUUGGAAUGAAUAAAAAAAAAGUGAAUGUGGUCGAAUAGGCUCAACUUCAAAAUGUUUUUGUGGCCAUUUUUUAAAUUAACACAAUAAUUAAUAUUUUGGUAAAAAAUUUAACAGUUCCUGUAAAGAUUGCCCUUGUAAAUAAUAUAAAUUUAUACCCACAAGACCAGAAGAAUGUGGGAUGUAUUGGCUACCUCGUAGAAAAGAUUUUAAUGUACAUAAAUGGAGAGCUCCUUGCAAGUAUGUAAUCAUAACCACGAAGAGCAUAUGCCUAAUUAUCCUUUGAGAUAUGUAUUUCAUGUGAUGGAGCAUGGGAAGAUCAUGAAGUUUUGUAUGAAACUGAAAUGGAAAGAUAGAAGGCAGGUAAAAAGAUUAGAGAGUAAUAUAAACCAUUAUCUACUCAUUAAGAAAUAUAACAUGAAGUAUUUAUUAAUAAAAAUAAAUCUGUUGAUCCUGCUCUUGUUAGACCGAGGCCGAAACCCGGAUAAGUUGACAGAGUACCUUUCUUACCUUAUAUUAGAAUUAAACCUGCUCAAAGAGAAGUUUAAUAAGAUGGAACUGUUAAGUUUACUGCUCCUUAAUCUGUUAUUAGUUUUAAACCUUAGGAAGACAAUAUGAAUAAUUAUAAAUAAAAUGUUAUUAAAAGUCAUGAUAAGUUAGAUUAUAUGGACUCUAAUGUUUAAAGUAACCUAUAAAAAGGAUAAGUUUAGAAAAUAGGAACAGGUUAUAAAAACAUUAAUUAAAAAUAAGUAGCUUUAUAAAAAAAUAUAACUAAGAAAUGAGUUUAUUAUUGCUAUAAUUUUAAAUACAUAUUAAUUUUUUUUUCAUAAUAAAUAUUUU